AUGGUAUUUUGUCUCGUUCUAGGUGAAGUUCCUACAAAAAUGAAACAUUUUGUGGUUGAUAUCACCAAAAAUAUUUCGACCAUUUCGCAUCUUCAGUCCGCCAUCAAGAAGCUAUUCCGAAACUAUUCCCGUGCUCUUCGUAUCAAACCAAUCGAGCGCGUAAUGGAAAUUUCUGAUCUACGACAUGAAUACCCACAAGAUAGCUUUUAUAUUGCCGAUUCCGUAAUUCCUGCUCCAUGGAAAACGAGAUUCACAUUUCUAGUUACGACACCAAAAAGUGGCCGAUGGCAUGAAUUUAAUAUAAAGUAUAAGAAUAAGAUAUCUGAGAAUCGAGUCAAGGCGUUGAUUACGCGGUGGGGAUGUAUACCAAGACGAAUUUUUGAUGAAUAUGAUGAUGAACCGAACGUUGAUGAUGUAGUCUCUCAAUGUGAUGCUUAUGCUUACCUUAAAAAUGAAUGGGACACGAUUGUUAACAUAAUCCGAAAUUUUGCAAGAGGUGCUGGUGGUAUCUUAGCUCGCAAAUUCUUUGAAAUGAUGGCACAUGAUAUCUUCCGAAAAGGUGGUGAUUUUACUGUGCGACGCUUAAGCAAAGAUGGUAUUAAACAGCCCGAGGAAGAGCUUCAUCUUCAAAAUCUGGCGCACAAACAAUUUCUUGAUAUUGAUGAAAUAGCUCUAGGGUAUUAUAACAAAUGA